UAUUUAUAUUUAUAAGGGAGGUGAUGGCAGAGUCUUACGAAAUAAUCCCUUAACGGAAGCAUGGAGUACGAUCACCGCCCAUCCGGCUCACCUCCCGCUACGCCGCCGCUGAAGAGGAAGCACCACCAUCACCACUGCUUCACCUCCUGCUUCCGCCCCUCCGUCUCUCAGGAAGAACCCGUCUACGAGGAGCGAGCGGCCCGGUCGGCCACCUCGUUGAUCCGGCCGGAACACCGCGGCAAAUGCCUGGGCUUCGGCUACCAUUGCGGCGGGGGGAGGCACCGGCGUCGCCCCUCCACCGAGUUCAGGUACGACCCCCUCAGCUACGCCCUCAACUUCGACGAGGGGUGUGAAGUCGAGUCCCCCACCAGGGCCGAGCAACUCCGGCUCCGCUAUUUCUCGUCCCAGCUCCCGGCAUCGCCGUCGCGCAACGGCACCGGCACCGGCACCGGCGGAUUGGAUGACCCUGACAGGGUUCGCAGAGUUGGUGGAUUGGAUGCAUCCUUGCGAUUCUCCUGAUUUGCCGGUUCUCUGUGCCACCGAUCUAAUUUGAUUGCAAUUUCCUUCCCCGUUUCUCUCAAAGCAGAUAACUAACCGGAGAACAUUAGGGUUCCAAUCCUAUUUCUCUGCUAUGAUAAGAAUGUGUAGAUGUUGAUGAUGGACGUCUUUAAAGUCGAUGCAUUUUUUAUC